CAUGUGAGAAUGGUGGCGUUCUGAACCCCGACGGUGUAACCUGUUCCUGCCCCAUCGACUGGUACGACACUUACUGUAGCAGAUACAGAUAUGACUGCUCAGAAUUUGCAGAACCAUUUGGAAUAAUCAAAUUACAACCCAGAGGCUAUAAUGCCCACUUCAACAUGCUGUGCCAGACAUCAAAUACUGUCUUUGCUCUUGUGUACGGGAAGAUAGAUCCUGGGGACCUAAACCAAACAUUCGCCAUGUACCAAACAGGUUUCUCUCCAGCGGAAGGUUCGACUUGGUUAGGACUGGAAGCAAUGUACGCCUUGACACGACAGGGGGAGUACCGACUUACAAUUGUCUUCAACAUCUACAGUGGUGUGAAAGCAGUGUAUGACAACUUCACAGUUAAUGGCGCAGUUGAAGGUUAUUCCUUCACUUAUGGACACUUUCGAGCUGAUCUGAGUGACUAUGGCGAUGGGUUUGCUGCCAGUGUGGUCACAGGGGCGGGGAGUUUGGCUGGAGUCCCUUUCAGUACCUAUGACAAGGACCCCUAUGGCUGUGCGGCACAGUAUGGCACCGGCUGGUGGUAUGAUGACAAGUGUGGGCCUGUGCUUAUCUAUGCACCUGCUUCUGACAGGGGAUGGUGGCCAAAUAGCAUCAACACACUUGUUAAAUUCCCCACUAUGUCAUUCAAACUGGAGUUGAUGGAGUAUUACUAACAGUGAUGCACAGUGAGUUUAGUUUUAUGCAGCACUCAGCAAUAUUCCAGCUAUAUGGCGGUGAUC